AUGCGCUAUGCGUUCAUCGACACCGGCCUUGUCGAGGAGGUCCAGCUCUCCAUAAGCGUCUCGGCGGUCCCCGUCCCGGUCUGGUGCUGGGUGAGCCGCAGCCGCCGCCUGGCCGAGGAGGACCUGCGCAAGACGGCCCAGGCCAUCAAGCUCGCCUUCGACGACGAGCUCGCGCUGGCGGGGAGCGCGCGCCCCGGGCUCUGGCGGGUGAAGGAGCUCGGGGCCACGGAGGCGGCCGGCAGCGUCUACGUCGGAACCCUGUGCUCGCUCCCCCGCCCGGCCCGGCCGCGCCUGCUGGGGCCCGCCCCGCCCUCCAGGGCCCCGUCCGUGCACGACCGCGUGAACGAGUUCCUCUUCAACGAGGUGCACAACUUUGACGUCGGCGCCGCCCGGGCGUUUCCCCUCUCCGAGCACCUGCAGCACAGCCCGGGGCCCCACUCGUACGCCGUCUCCCUGCUCUUCGCGGCCGGGGCAUUGGGCGGGGGGCUGUACGGCGCCGCGAACAACCUGGCCCGGAGCUUCCUCGCCAGCGUCGAGGGCCACCUCCGCGGCCUCCGCCCCGGGACCGUGGCCGCGGUGAGGGACCUCGUCUCCCAGGAGAUCCACCACCUUCUCUGCUCCCUCUCGCAGCUCGCGCCGCCCCGCAGCCUGCCCGCCGCCCGGCCGUCGAGCCCCCUGCAGCCCCCUCCUCUCCCGGGCGCCUUCCGCGACCUCCAGGCCGAGUACGGGGGCAGUCCGGCGCCGGGGCUCGCAGACGCCCUUGCUCCCCCCGCCCCCGCGGGCCUCGGCGCCACGCUGCUCUCCUUCGCGUCCGAGCAGGACCUGCGCUCGCACCUCCGCGCGCUGGAGCAGGACGUCGUUGCGGGCCACUACCUGAGGCUGGAGCCGGCCUCGCAGGGCAUCCGGCCCCCGGGAGGCCAGGCCGCCUGCAGGUACUGCGUGCUGCGCUACACGGAGGAGCAGCACCGGGCGGCCUCGCGGCUCCUCAACGUCUACCGCAGGGAGGGCGCGCGGUUCGUGAACCUGGUCCUGAGCAACCUCUGCUGCGCCGACUUCAGGAUCGCCUACCUCGGCCCGUACCCGCUGGCCCGGCUGCUGGACGACACCGUCGCCGCGCUGCUUCCCGAGCACAGGCGGCAGCUCUUCAGGGCCCGCGCCGCCCACACGCCCCUGGACGCCGCCUACUGCACCUGCGCGGGCUCCCCCUGCACGCUCCUCCUGGAGCACAGGCCGGCGGUUUCGGCCUUCAACGUGCUCUACAGCGCGGCCCCGGACCCGCCCGGGCACACCGGCAGGCAGGCAGAGGACGGCCAGGGCGGCGCGGAGCCUUCUUCGGAGCCCGUCUCUCGUGGGAGGUCGUGCCAGCGGUGCGGCAGGCCGCUCUACGUGCCGCGGCUCCACCUCGACGCCUCGUCCCAGGUGCUCUCCGCAGACCCGGGCUCCGGCUGCCUUGCGCUGCAGCAGUUCUGCGCCGCCACGGGGAGGCCCCUCUGCGUCGUCAACCUCCUGGCCGACGACGUCGAGGGCGGCUGCUUCGUCGCCUCUCUCUCCGCGGUGCCGCACCUCCAGAGGCUCCCCGCGCCGCGCGCCGAGAAGAUCCUCCCCUCGAGGCGGAGCCCCCUGCUGCUCGCCUCCGGCAGGGCGCCGGGGCUCUACUGCGACGACGGCUCUGCCUUCUACGGCCACCUCCUCCGGCGGCUCCUGGCGGCGCCCCGCGCUGCGCGGAGGUUCGUGCUCGGCUGCCGGCUCCUGCGCCUCCAGUACUACUUUUCGUCCGUCGCGGAGCUGGGGCUGCUGGACUACCUCCGGCUCGCGGCGCAGACGCCCCCCGGCCCCUCUGCGCCGAGGAGGGCCCAGGGCCGGCUGGCGGACAUCCGCUCGCUCUCCGAGCUGGCCAGCGCCCCGCCCGCCGGCCCGCUCUACCUGGCCCUCCCGAUCUCGCGGGAGCGGAUCGCCUCUGUCUGCGGCCUGCUGGAGCACAGCCUCUGCAGCCUGAACGGUGCGUUCACCCUGCGAGACAGCGCGAACAGGGAGGAGCCCCUCAUCCACGUCCUGCUGGCGAACGGGUUCCGGGCCGUCGGGCUCCCGGACGUCUGCCUCCCCGUCAGCGACGCGGCCAAGUGGGCGCAGAUCUGCGCGGGGGCGUUCGGCGCCUCCGGGCUGUCCUGCCUGGUCCGGCUGCGGAGCAACGGCCAGGUCAUCACGUCGGACCUCGUCCCGUUCGGGGCCGCGACGGUGACGAACCACCGCGUGGUCGCCGACGGGGACGAGUUCCCGCACGCGUCGCUGGCCAUGAAGUGCGGCAUUCUGGGGGCAUAG